CUUAUAAUUUUUAUUUAUUUACAUUGUAAAAAUUUUAAAAUUUCCGCGGAUAAGGGUCCGUAAAAAAGUGUUUGCGGUCCGCCAGUUGCAGGUGACCCCAUGACACGGGGACUUCGUUAACACGGUAAUAGGUAACGUCGCAACGACCGAUUUUCCGUGUCUGGCCCGCAGCAAACGAAAUCACAUAACAUUGUUUUAUGUUAUUUUACGGCGUACCUUCAGCCGGAGCGGAGUCGUCGUCAAGUGCUCGUCUAAACGUUGCUAACCCGAUAACGACGUGUUUAUAUCCGCGAAUCAGUAACAAACACACAGUGGUCGUCGAACGCGCAAUAAACAGCAGAACACGACGAUAUAAUAUUCGCGACGCUCUACGACGUGAUAACAAUAAUAAUACCGGACCCCCGCGAUCGGCCCGUGUUGUGAUGACGUGACGUGCGGUACGCCUACCGAUAUCGUACGACAUGGCCAGGCUGACGAAGGUGGAACUGGUCAGGGGCGUCAUCGGCGACGCGCUGAACGACAGGUCGAAACCGUGGCACGCGGCGUUCGUGUGGGCCGAGGCGCUGACCGGUUUGCCCAGGUUCCGCGUGCUGCUGUGCGUCGUACUGGUCGCAUCGGUGCUGUUCAUGUUCGAGCCCACCGCGGAACUGAUGAGCAACGUGUUCGCGCUCGUCUUGCCGGCGGUGGCCACGGUGUCGGCGACCGUCUCGCCGCCGGUGUGGCGCAAGUACGACCGCGUGUCCGCCGCCGACGAGGCCCGCAACGAGAGGUUCGCGUACUGGAUGACGUUCGCCGCGGUGCUGAUCGUCGAAUCGCUGUGCCGGCCGGUGUUGCGGUUCGUGCCGCUGUACCAGAUGUGCCGGACGUGGUUUUUCGUCUGGUGUUCCGUGCCGAUCCGGGACAACGGGUCCGCGUACGUGCUCGACGCCGUCGUACGGCCGUUGUUCGAGAUGGUCUUCGGUUCGGACGACUGA